UAAUGCUUCCUUUCACUCUUCAAUCUUCUUCCUUAUAACCAUCACCAAAUUUCGCUUAAUUACUGCCCCCAAAUUUCCCUCCUUUUUCUUAUCUUUAACAGCAUUUUCUCCCCAAAUUCAUCUUUCUACAUCCAUAUAUAUAUUUCUUAUAUUCCGUCCGUUACCAAAUAUAUAUCCACUGGUCUUUCCCUUGAACUAUGCUAAUAACAACUUCUUCACUUGUGCAUAUUCCCUUUACCUGUUCUAUUAUUUUCUUUCUCCUCGUUACUAGUGAUAGUACUAUUACUAAUACUAUAUAGUAUUAAUUUUCUUUUAUUUUUUAGAUGAGUUGUCUUUACUAUAAUGGUAAUUUCUCCAUUCAUUAGUAGUAGUAUUUAAUAAAGGUGGUUGUAGUAAAGGCCAUGGCUCUGAGUGAAUUGAAGAUUCUUGUUUGCCUCUUACUCUCUCUUUGUGAUGGGAAUAGCUGAUUUUUUUCAACUACACUUUCAUCAAACUCAGUACUUGUACAGUUGUACUACUACUACUACUCACUAGUUGUUGAGUGUCAAUAAAAAUAUUUAUCUCAAUGGAGUACGGCAGUACCCGUGGUGGUGGCACCAGUAGCGGUGGUGGCCCUGAUCCCCACGAUGCGUCCGAUCCUCAACGUAGAAAGAAACGUUAUCAUCGUCACACUGCUAAUCAAAUUCAAAGGCUUGAAGCUAUUUUUAAAGAAUGUCCACAUCCAGAUGAGAAGACAAGAUUGCAGUUAAGCAGAGAUUUAGGCUUGGCUCCUCGUCAGAUUAAGUUUUGGUUCCAAAAUAGAAGGACUCAAAUGAAGGCACAACAUGAGAGAGCAGAUAAUAGUGUACUUCGAGCAGAAAAUGAUAAAAUUCGAUGCGAAAAUAUUGCAAUUAGAGAAGCUCUCAAGAAUGUGAUUUGCCCAUCAUGUGGAGGUCCUCCAGUGACUGAAGAUUCAUAUUUCGAUGAGCAAAAAUUGAGAAUUGAAAACAUGCAUUUAAAAGAAGAGCUUGAUAAAAUAUCUAGUAUUGCUGCUAAGUAUAUAGGAAGGCCAAUUUCACAACUUCCACCAGUGCAACCUAUUCAUCUAUCUUCACUACACUUGUCCAUGUCUAGUUUUGUGGGCCAAGGUCAUAAUUCCCUUGAUCUUGAUCUCGAUCUUCUUCCUGGAAGUUCAUCGACUAUGCCCAGUUUGGCCUAUGCUACGUUGAAUUUAUCGGAUAUGGAUAAGUCCCUUAUGGCUGAUAUUGCUGGAAAUGCUAUGGAGGAACUCGUUAGACUGGUGCAAACCAAUGAACCUUUGUGGAUGAAGUCCACGAUUGAUGGGAGAGAUGUACUUAAUUUCGACAAUUAUGAUCGGGUUUUCCCGAGGGCUAAUAGUCAUUUGAAAAACCCCAACGUUCGCAUUGAAGCUUCCAGGGAUUCGGGCGUUGUCAUCAUGAAUGGUUUAGCAUUAGUUGACCUUUUUAUGGACGCGAAUAAAUGGCAGGAAUUCUUUCCUACAAUUGUUUCAAAGGCUAGAACGCUCGAAGUAAUAUCGUCUGGUGUAAUGGACAGCGGAACUAGUACAUUGCAAUUGAUGUAUGAAGAAUUGCAAGUGCUUUCACCAUUGGUCCCAACGCGACAAUUUUAUUUCCUACGGUUUUGCCAGCAGAUUGAGCAAGGCUCAUGGGCAAUUGUUGAUGUCUCUUAUGAUAUAACUCAAGAAAAUCAGUAUUCUUCCACUUCUUGCAAGGUUCAUAGGCUUCCAUCUGGAUGCUUGAUACAAGAUAUGCCCAAUGGUUAUUCUAAGGUUACUUGGGUGGAACAUGUAGAAGUGGAAGAGAAAAGUUUAAUUCAUAGGCUAUAUAGAGAUCUUAUACACAGUGGGUUGGCAUUUGGAGCAGAGCGAUGGGUUGGCACACUUCAAAGAGUUUGUGAAAGAUAUGCUUGUCUCAUGGUUAAUAGCAACCCUACUCAGGACCUUGGUGGAGUAAUUCCAUCGCCCGAAGGGAAGAAGAGCAUGAUGAAACUGGCACAAAGGAUGGUGAGCAAUUUCUGUGCUAGUGUAAACCCAUCGAAUGGACACCAAUGGAACACAAUUUCUGGUUUGAAUGAGUUUGAAGUCAGAGCCACCCUUCAGAAGAGCACUGACCCCGGCCAGCCCAAUGGCGUAGUCAUUAGUGCAGCCACCACAAUUUGGCUGCCAAUUCCUCCACAACAUGUCUUCAAUUUCUUCAGAGACGAACGGACUAGACCCCAGUGGGAUGUCCUUUCCAACCAAAAUCCAGUGCAAGAAGUAGCUCAUAUUGCAAAUGGCUCUCAUUCAGGGAACUGCAUUUCUGUGCUACGGGCCUAUAACACUAGCCAGAACAACAUGUUGAUACUCCAAGAAAGUUGCAUAGACUCAUCAGGGGCACUAGUGGUUUAUAGCCCAUUGGAUGUUCCGGACAUCAACAAAGCGAUGAGCGGGGAGGACCCCACGUACAUCCCGUUGCUGCCCUCGGGGUUCACAAUAUCCCCAGACGGGCGACAACUAGACACCGAGGCAGCAUCAUGCAGCAGCAGCUCAAAUGCAAGUACCAUAGGGGGAGGCAGGUCAGGGGGUUCACUAAUAACAGUUGUGUUCCAAAUUCUGGUAAACAGCUCGCCAUCAGCAAAAAUGAGCCCAGAAUCAGUAAACACUGUGAAUAACCUUAUAGGCAGCACUGUUCACCAAAUUAAAUCUGCCUUGAAUUGCUCUACUUCCUGAUCCUAUAUUUUUGAAAUCAGUUCAGCAACUUAAAUUAUCUCUGCUUCUGUUUGGAAGUAGUUGGGAAUUUUCAAUGCCUCUGCCACUACUGCUACUGAUCCUGUUACAGCUUUAUUACAUUUCACAACUCAUAAUCUUUUCUUUUUUUCUUUUGGGGUUGGUUAGCAUAUUUUACCCUCUUGAAAUUAUGGGUUUUUUUUUUUUUUUCUGCUUAAAAGAGGGAGUCAAGAACGCACCAUACAAGAAAAGUCGUGGUAAGAAGUGUUUACCAUUAUACUGUUAAGGGAAGAAAAUUGUAUGGUUCGGGUAUUGACUUCUGUACUUGAACUUUAUUCUAUCAAUCUAAUGGAAGUAUGCUUGAAUUUUUUUCUACAUAACAGAAUUUAAUUUCUCAGUUUAUGAAUAUUCGUUUUUACAUUUGUAUUACUAUAUCUCUUUCUGU